AUGGAGAUCAAUAAAUCUUAUCAAGCUUGUUCUAAUUCUUCAAGCAACAGUUUACCCGAGGGUUCCAAUCUUUUUGAUGGUGUUGAUCUUGAGAACCUUGGAAAGGACUGGAUUCCCGAAUGUCCCGACAGGUCAAAACCUAGAAUGGGUCAACGUUUCAGUGAUCUUGAUCAGGGCUAUAUCUUUUAUAAGGAAUAUGGCAGACAAUCUGGAUUCGAUGUACGUCGUUCAACCGAAAAGAGUGAUAGGUUUGGUAACACUAUAACAAAGUAUUACGUGUGUUCUAGGUCAGGUAGGCUGGAAGACAAAAAUCUUGAUGAGAACACAAAAAGAAGAAGAACUAUAUCAACAAAGUGCGAAUGUCAUGCAGAACUUGUGCUUGGGAUUCACGACGGUGGAGGAUUUUUUGUUAAAAAAUUUACAGAGGCUCACAAUCAUCCGUUUGCAGGCAAGGGGGGAAUGCAAUUCUUGAGGUGCAGCAGGUCCCUCUCUGAUUUCCAUAUGAGGUUCAUUGUUGAUGCUUCUAAAUCAAACAUUGGUGCCUCACGAGCUUUUACCAUUCUAAAGUCCAUGAUUGGUUCAUAUGAGGAUAUAGGAGCUACUGUUGUUGAUUUUAAAAACUUUUCUAGGGAUAUUAAAAAACAUAUUGGGAAGCACGAUGCUGAUAUGAUUAUUCAGAAAUUCAAGGAUAUACAAGAUUCUUCAGACCCCCAUUUUAGAUUUGAAUAG